AGUUGACAGUAAUUCCUGCUGUUGAAAAUUGAGAUAUUUAUGAGCGUUCUCCGUAAACGGUGUGUGCAGCCUGUGACCUCUGAAGUACUCUCCCCUCCUGAGGCCAGUCUACAAACCAUGGUGCUCGAGAAACUUCUGCGUUUUGGAAAACAGUUGCUAAGGGUGAAGGUGGUGAACUCGAAUUCCGAGGACUCCCGUCUGUCUCGAUGUCUCAACACCUUUGACCUGGUAGCCCUGGGUGUGGGAAGCACGUUGGGUGCUGGUGUUUACGUGCUUGCUGGUGCUGUUGCACGAGACAAUUCAGGUCCUGCUAUCGUCCUGUCUUUCUUGAUAGCUGCCUCAGCCUCAGUGUUGGCAGGUCUUUGCUAUGCUGAGUUUGGAGCCCGUGUCCCGAAGACGGGCUCUGCUUAUCUUUACUCAUAUGUGACAGUCGGGGAACUCUGGGCUUUCAUUACUGGAUGGAACCUCAUUCUCUCUUACAUUAUUGGUACCUCGAGUGUUGCCCGUGCAUGGAGCGCCACCUUUGACGAGUUGGUAGGAAAACGCAUUGAGGAGUUCUGCAGAGAACACAUGUCUAUGAAUGCACCAGGUGUGCUGGCAGAAUACCCUGACAUGUUUGCAGUUCUCAUCAUAUUUAUUCUUACAGGUCUUUUGGCAUUUGGAGUGAAGGAGUCAGCGAUGGUGAAUAAGGUGUUUACCUGUAUCAACGUUUUAGUCUUAUUAUUCAUGGUGGUCUCUGGGCUGGUCAAAGGCACUUUGAAGAACUGGCAAGUCGAUCCAGAGGAGAUCCUACAUGUCAAUCAUACGAAUAGCUCAAGCCAAAAUUUGACUGACAUUCUGCCAUCCAAGGAGAGCAUAGGACAGGGUGGCUUUAUGCCAUUUGGCUUCACAGGAGUACUUUCAGGUGCUGCUACAUGUUUCUAUGCCUUUGUAGGCUUUGACUGCAUCGCCACCACAGGCGAGGAGGUGAAGAACCCCCAAAGAGCCAUUCCUAUUGGGAUUGUGUCCUCGCUGCUGAUUUGUUUCGUUGCUUACUUUGGUGUUUCCGCUGCCCUCACCCUCAUGAUGCCAUACUAUCUUCUGGACAGCAACAGCCCUCUGCCUGUAGCUUUUAAAUAUGUAGGCUGGGGAGGAGCCAAAUAUGCUGUAGCUGUAGGCUCUCUUUGUGCUCUGUCUACCAGCCUGCUGGGUGCAAUGUUUCCUAUACCUCGUGUUUUGUGGUCGAUGGCUGAUGAUGGGCUGCUUUUCAAGUUCAUGGCUGAGAUCAGUCCCCGCACCAAAACCCCACUAACUGCAACCUUUGCCACUGGCAUAGGGGCAGCAAUCAUGGCGUUUCUGUUUGACCUGAAGGACCUGGUGGACCUCAUGUCAAUAGGAACGCUGUUGGCCUAUACGUUAGUGGCCGCCUGUGUGCUGGUGCUAAGAUACCAGCCAGAGAUCCACAGCCCAGCGUACCAGAUGGCCAAUACCCAUGAUGAGGCAGACUGCAGUGAUGGGAUAUGUGUGUCCAGUAUGGGCAUCCUUCCUGGUGUGGAGGAAAGAUUCAGUUUUCAGACUCUUCUGUAUCCAAACAACCCUGAGCCGUCCAUACUGUCAGGCUUCAUUGUUAAGAUCUGUACAUCUGUCAUAGGAAUGCUGAUCCUGGCCUUCAGUAUACUGGCCGUUCAUGGAGGCCUCGCCUCCUGGAACAUGGUAGCCCUGAGUGUGAUCUUCAUGGUGUGUCUCGCUCUGGUUUUCAUAAUCUGGAGGCAGCCUGAGAGUAAAACAAAACUCUCCUUCAAGGUUCCCCUGGUGCCUUUCAUUCCAGUCAUGAGCAUGUUUGUCAAUGUCUACCUGAUGAUGCAACUGGACAGAGGAACAUGGGUCAGAUUUUCCAUCUGGAUGGUUAUAGGUUUAGUCAUCUACUUCUGUUAUGGCAUUCGUCACAGCUCCGAGGCGACCUCCGCUCGCCUGUCUCUGGUAACAGAGAUGAAUGGUUUUAGUCUUGAUCAUGAAUUGGAAGCCAUGUCAAUAGAGAAAGAAGCUUUUCUCAAUGACGGCCUUGAUGUCAGGGAAGAAAACAACGGGGAGUUAUAGAAGGGACUAUAACACACAGCUCCACGUCCACCUGCCCUGACACCAGGCCGUCAUCGUAGAAGGGUUUUUGACAGUCCUCUUCUUCACCUCUCCUUUUGGGGGGAAAGCUAUGCUGCAAAAAUGUAAACUGACACCCCCAUCUAGGUCCUGCUCACAUUACAGCCAAGUGGUGAUGAAUCCCUUGCAGAAAAUCAAACUGAAACCCUCAGUGGAGUCAGUUUUUGUGCAUGGCCUCGUGGUUCAGCUGUUCAUUACUGCCUGACUGUCUGUGGAAGAAGGGCUUUCAUUAGAGACAUUAAUGUUUAAUGGAAGUUGAGAGGUGGAGUAUGGCCAUGUUAAGUUCCUCUACAUGUUGAGUUGGGGUGUUAAUAGGUUGAAUUACUAGCAGUCAGACUGUGGAGUGGUUGAGGUUGUGCUACCAGAAUAUUUUCUAAAAAUAGAUUGAUUUUUUUAUAUCUAUUAAAACAUAAUGUCUACAUAAAUUUGAAGAAGAUACAACCAUCUCAGUACUUUAUAAAAUGUGUUACCACAGUGUGCUUUGUUUGAAACUGGUCAGUGGAUCUUUAGUGAUGUGGCCUUUGGGGGAAACAAUGAUUUAAAGUAGUCAGCAGCAUCAUUUACUUACCUAAAUAAUGUUCAUAGGAACAUAGUAAAAAAAAUUGGUUUUGAGAUGUUAUUUCAGUAGAAAAGGGACAUUUUUAUGACGGUUAUUUCAAGUUGACCAGCCAUUGUCCUCUCUUUUCUCCUGAAAUAUAUUGAAAAGAGUCCAUAUUUUUCAUCUGCACUUAUAUUACUAGUCGUCCUCAUGACAACAUAAAUUUGUCACCACAUUUUUCAUGUUGUCUGGGUAAAUUACAAAAUUAUGUCUGAAUUUUUAACAAAAAUUUGCUUAGGAGAUGGGUCAAUCAUUCUCUAUAAGAGUGUUUAUGUACAAAACUUUGGUUUUAAUGGGAAGACUAUACUAACCACGAAUUGAGAACUUCGGUCUCUAUAAUCUUGUACCUUGAUUGAUUAAGCAUAUUUCUUCACAUGCUUCCAUUAUGUUACCCCAAACCUUUAAAACUUUGAAUUUUGUUACACUGAUCCCUCAGUCUGUUAGUAGUGUCCGUUUUGACUUUUGUCCUGUUCAUAUUAAUUUAUUCAACUCGCUAGGGGAUUGGUCCUCUGAUUUCUUCUGAUCGCACUGCUUGUUGAAUGUGUUUGGGAGAAAGGGAGAAAAAAAUUGUCCGUUUCAAGUAUAGACAUAUUUUUUGCAAUAAAUCUUUUUUGACAAUAAUUUCAAAGAAUCUUCGCUCUAUACCUUUUCUUAAGUUUCACCAAACUCUGAGCAAAGGUACAACUAUUACAGGUUUUAGAUGAACUUCAUAGACUUCCACAUUCCCUGCCAUUACGGCCAAUUCUUACAAUUUAACUCUAAAACAAAAUUGCAUUUACUUCACAUUGGAAUCAAUUGCUAAUCAAUUGAAGUGCAACAAUUUAAACUGGUGCAACAUAUUCCAAAAACAAUGUAGCAGCAGCAUGUCUAUUGUUUAUAAAAUUAAGAACUGAUUAACGAUACGCUUUGCAUGGGUGAUGUUAUGGUUUUAAUUUAUGCAUUGGAUCACACAAUGUUAUAGCAUUUAAUUUAACACUAUAAAAUGUUUCUAUGUCUUGUCUCUUCUGUGCAUCUUAUUGAAAAUUUAUUUGCAAGUAGAAAAUAUGAAAUUAAACAGUGAUGACUAUCACAAAAAGCUGAGAAAAUUCAAUCAUUCAAAAACACUCAACAUCCUUCUCUGCACUAAACUCCAUCACGAAGGUUCAGGGCCAUUUUCCUUGAUAAUUUUUACCCAUGCAAUCUGUUGCCACCCUGGUAACGGGAUAAAAGUGCACCAAUACUUGGAUAUUAGUAUGGAGGUUAGUUUCUUUAAACCUCUGAGAAAUGUUCUGGUCUAAAAACUUGUAGGAACUCUUUUGAAUUUGAAUUGCGAUUGUUUUCGCAUUCACUGGAUGUAAUAUUAUUGUAAGUUGAAGUCAGAAAAGGUACUAGUAUAAUUUUUACACCGUUGGCGGCUGUACCCUGGCAUUUACAGCAUUUGUUAAUUAACUUUUCUCUCAAACAUUUUCUGGGUUUUACUUGUAUGCCUUUGCUAAAUGUCUCUGCCAUUCGCACACAUGUGUAUUACUGUGUUACAACCCACUUUCAAAACCUUUGCUAUUUGCUUUUUUUUUGGUUCAAGUUUUUGAUAAAGUACAAUAAAAUAUGCAAGAAAUAAAGAUUUGUUAUUGUGACGUAAUUGGCACACUUGAGCAAUUAUUUCUGAAGACUUUCAUUAAAAUAAAUGUCACUUACUUUGUCAACUAAUAUAGUUUUGAAUAAUUCGUUAAAACAUUGGUGUGCAGCUUCAGUCGUCAAGGGCUGGUGUCCUGCCAGUUUUACAGGAGUUUUUGCUCCAAUACAACUGAUUCAAACUACUUUCUCAACAUGUCAAAGUUCUGCAGAGACCUAAUGAACCGGUUCGGGUGUGAAGAACCAGUGGAAAAAAAGACAAAAAAAUGCAGGAUAUCAGCCCUUGUAUACAGACUUUUGACACCGCUGCUUGGAAACAAGAUGGCACUCAAUAAUUAGAUGUGUAUAAUCAAAACUGUGUAAAUAAGAUGUAUAUUUCUAGUAUUAAGUUAUUUAUUAAUAAAAAUGUUCUUUUUUUUUUUUGAAAAAAGGGCAGUUGCAUAACGUGUGGAUUCUAUAGCUUCUAUGUUCUCUGUAUUCCUGUAAUAAGUAUACCUCUGCAAAUAAAACCUUGUAUCCUUGGUAUAAACAA